AUGAAGUGCCUUCUCCUGCUUUCUCUCCUGGGGCUCUCUGUGGCUCUGCCUGUCGAUGAUAAUGACAAGAUUGUCGGAGGUUACACCUGUCCUGAGUACAAAGUACCUUAUCAGGUGUCACUGCAUAUAGGUUACCAUUUCUGUGGAGGCUCCCUGAUUAAUACCCUGUGGGUUGUGUCUGCCGCUCAUUGUUACCAAUCUCGUACCGAGGUCAGAUUGGGGGAACACAAUAUUAAAGUGCUGGAAGGAUCUGAACAAUUCAUUAAAGCUUCUAAACUAAUACCUCAUCCCAAUUACGACCCAGGCAUUCUGGAUAAUGAUAUCAUGUUAAUACGUCUUAAAAAACCAGCCAGGAUUAAUUCCAUGGUCCAGCCUAUCCCUCUGCCAUCCCACUGUGAAUCUCCUGGGGAAAUGUGUCUCAUUUCUGGCUGGGGGAACACUCUGAGCAAUGGAGCUAAUUAUCCUGACUUUCUGCAAUGUCUGGACGCACCUCUUCUCACUGACCAGCAGUGCCAUGAUGCCUAUCCAGGGGAAAUCACUGAGAACAUGAUCUGUGUUGGGUAUCUGGAGGGAGGCAAGGAUUCGUGCCAGGGUGAUUCUGGUGGCCCAGUGGUUUGCAAUGGCGUCUUGCAAGGUGUGGUAUCUUGGGGCAUUGGCUGUGCCCUGCCUGGAUACCCAGGCGUUUACACCAAAGUGUGUAAUUAUAUUGACUGGAUCAAUCAAACUGUCUCUAAAUACUAAAUGGAAUAUUCCUUGAAAUAAAUGAAACACAUUCUAAAA